AUGGUUCGCUAUUCUAUUCUCGCUGUGGCGCUCGCCAUCCUUGGAGCUGAAGCUGGCCCCUGCCGACCCACGACCGUGACGACCGUUGCUGAGGCUUCUUCGACAAUCGCUUCCGACACGACUGUUACGACCUUGGCUACCACUACAACGACUGCCCUUGUGGAGACCACUUCUACUGCCGUCGCUGAGACCACGACGACUACCGAAGCGCCCGCCUGUGUCGAAACCCAGGUCGUCGUCAACCCCGGCUUCGAUGACAGCGCCAGCAGUAAAUCACCUUGGUUCGGCGACGGCUCGAUCAUCACCGACGGCGCCAAUUCCGCCCCCAAUGCCAUCUCUUUCGUCUUCUCAAACGGCGGCGGCAGCGCCCAAAUUUCCCAGACUCUGACCAAUCUCGACGGCACCUACCGACUAUCAUACAACUGGGGUGUCUUCUCCGGCGUCAACGUCGGCGCUGGCUUCUCGUGCAGCAUCGCUCCCCAGGUCGGAGACGAUACACUCAUGCCUAUUUAUCCCGACGGCUACACCGGUUGGACUUCCGAGAGCAAGACCUGGUCAAGCGGAAGCAACGCUGUUUCUCAGGCUGACCUGUCGCUUAUCUUGCAGUGCUCCGGGGAGUAUGAUCAGCUUACGAUCAAUGUUGAUGACAUCACAUUCACAAAGCUCUGCGGUCCCCAGGCUAGUUAG